AUGGACCCACAAGAUUGCAUCACUCCCAUCACCCUGGUGUCCUACUGUGAUGACGACAGACAAUGGGUGGCCGGAGAACUGACGUGUCGCCUUGAAGAAGAAGAGAAGACAGUCGUUAAGGUCAAAGACAGGGACUACGAUGUCGGGAUAUCGCAGAUCGAGUCCUUCUGUGAGUGGUUACCCGAGUGUACCAACAUCGUUCUCGUGUUGUCGCGAGGCUACUUGGAGAGCGGCUUGUGCCGGCGGGAACUAGAACUGUCCCUCGCCUCCAGUAAGAGACUGAUCGCCGUUCUACUGGAGGAUUGCGCUCUACCCGCUGGCGUACAGGGCCGGGUGUGUCUCGAAUAUCGACAGGAUAAACUGUUUUGGCCAAGACUCCUGGCUGCAACCAGUCAGAAGAAUGAUAAAGUUUCAGGUCACCGGACCCCCACACAACCGGCGCAGAGAAUACUGCUCCCGAAGCUGCCAUCCAGGUGUUUCGGCAGGGAUGCCGCUAUCGCCGAGGUGACAACGCUUAUUGCUGCAUCCACAAGAGAGCUGUCAGUGGAGUCUCUCAUCCGCCAGACUGGGGACAACGUUGUGGGGAUCUGGGGAAUGGGAGGAGCUGGCAAAACGGUCCUAGCGCUGAUGGUGGCCCAAAAACUGGAAAAGAGUAGACAGGUUUUCUGGGUCACCAUGGGGGAACAGAGACCACGCGUCCUUGAGAAUCUCGCCCUUCUCGCCAGCGGCAUGGCCAACACACCCAGGUCCUUCAGCAACAUCAGCGACGCAGUAAGCGAUAUUUUUCAGCAAACUCAGUAUAAAGAUGACCUGAUCGUCCUGGACGACGUUUGGAACUUGAACGAAGCACAGGUCAUCACCGAGGCCGUGUCGGGCACGUGUCAAGUACUGGUCAUCACCAGAAACAAAGAUGUACUCGUCAGUCUCAAAGUACGCCAUCUCUUCGAGCUGAAACCGCUGACAAAAUCCGACGCGGAGAAAUUCGUGUUCAAUGCGGCUGGCUUCUCGGAUGCAUCUGACCAUAGGGACCAGGAACUGUCACGGUCGGUACAGCGGAUACUUAAGGCCUGUCAGUGCAAUCCAUUGGCCCUUUCUGUUGUCGCGUCCUCUGUAACAAAACCCGAGAAUGUGCAGCAGUGGAUCGACACAGCAGAUGAGCUGGAUAAGGUCGGAAUAGAUGCUUUAGGUGGGGAUAAAGAAAGAAUCGUCGAGGCGUCCAUUGAUGUCAGCUACAGGGCGCUUUCCUCCAACAUCGACCAGAAACGGUUCGUCAUGUGCGGCAUUUUCCCAGAAGACACAGACAUUCCGGAGGAAACGCUGGUCCUACUUUGGUGCUACCCAGAUUCAACUUGCCAGCAGCUCGAAGCUGCUGGAGAUGCAGAUUUAUCUCUUCUGCAGCUUAGGGCCAAAAGGACUGCCUGUCGUCUCUAUCAUCGGUCACUCUUGACGACAGGAACAAACGAAAAUAGCUACCGGAUUCACAGGAUCGUUAGAGAUUAUGCGAGAAACAGGCUUAGAAAACAGGCGUCUACGCACAGAAAACUACUCAAGGCUUACAAAUCUGAGUACCUCAGUAAACAGAGGGAGUACCCUAAUGACGGAUAUUUCUUUCACUACGUGAUGUACCACAUGAGCUGCGCUUGUCUUCAUGACGAGAUGGCAUCACUGCUGACUGACUUUCGGUGGCUUAAAAGGAAGCUUGAGAAGACAGACAUAGCCUCGCUGUUAUCAGACUUCUCUCAGGUUGUCCAACCAAGCCAUUUCGUUGAUCAGGUAUGCAAGGCUCUCCACUUGUCGGGACACGUGCUGUCUACAGACAAGUCACAGUUAGGUGGCCAGCUGCUCGGCAGGUUGUCAGAUUCACCCGAGGAGGCGGUGAGAGGGUUGGUGGAGCAGGUGCGGCGGAACGACAGCGAGAGGGACAUAUCUGUGUUGCACCCUUGCCAAUCGUGUCUGGUCGCCCCAGGUGGACCCAUUGUGAAGACAUACGACAGACACACGGACGCUGUGCUGUGCAUCGCCGUCACCUCUGACCGCACCAAGCGAGUCUUCACCGGAUCCGCAGACUUCACUAUCAGGGCGUGGGAACUGGAAUCACUGAGGGAUCUCGGCAUACUGCGUGGGCAUUGCAGCCAUGUGUACGCCAUGGCUCUGUCUAGAGAUGACCGUCGGCUGGCCUCGGCUUCUUAUGACACGACCGUCAAAAUCUGGGAUGCUGACAAGUUGGAAAAUCUCUGGACUUUGACAUCACAUAGUGAUAAAGUCAAUGCUGUCGCGUUCGUCGAUGAUGGUAAAAGAGUCGUUUCAGGAUCAAGUGACAAAACAGUUAGGGUUUGGGAUCUCACCUCUACGUCGACGUCAAAGGUGUUGACAGGUCACACUGGACAGGUGCGAGCUUUGUGCGCCUUUCACCGCAGCAACAACGUGGCGUCUGGUUCGAGUGACAACACCAUCAGGAUAUGGAACAUGCGCAACUUUAGCUCUUCCAAAUUGACAGGGCACGACGGCAUUGUCUUCAGCCUAGCCAUAACAAAUGACGACAAGUACUUGGUAUCGGCCUCAGGUGACCGAUCAGUUGGGGUGUGGGGCACGAACAGGCGCGAGCUGAUACAUAAACUGCACGGCCACACAAACUCCGUGUACUCUGUCACAUUGUCACCGGACGAUACCAGAAUUGUGUCAGGAGGGGGAAUGGACGAUGAUACCAUCAGGAUUUGGAGUCUCGGAGAGGGGAAGCAGGUGUGUGUGUACAGAGGACACAGCGACAGCAUACGGUGCGUCAGAGUGGUGAAGUCGGCACAGGGUGCGCUGUUACUCUCCGGGUCUUUGGACACCACUUGCAGACUCUGGCGUAUGGAAGGAAGCUUACAGGAAGUACAUCGAUUGCCAGGACACGACCUCGCCACCUACGCUGUAGCCAUUAGUGUGAAUGGGAGCCGAGCGGUGUCGGGGUCCCGGAACGGCGAACUGAGGGCUUGGAAUGCUCGUACAGGGGAACUCGUUGCCAUCCGUACAAGUGCCCACUCUAGGUCAAUUCGCGCAGUGGCGGUGGCUCAGGACGGAAACACCUUUGUUUCCGGCUCCAAGGAUCGGCAGGUGAAAGUUUGGUCCUUGCUACCGCAACCAGACAAACCUGGAACCUUCAGACUUAUCCGGAAGCACGUCCUCACUUGUCACGGGGGAACGGUCCAAGCUGUUGCCAUUUCUAAAGACUCGAAGCUCGCUGCGUCAGGGGGAUGGGACGGAAUUGUUGUUGUCUGGAACAUUCAAACAGCGGAGGUUGUACAGACGUUCCGUCAUGUGAGUUACGGUGUCAUGUCUGUUGCUUUUUCGGGGGAUGACACCAUAUUAGCUUGCUCGAGGGACAACAUAUCCUGUGAAUGGAGCUUGGUGGGUACAACAGUGACACGUCCCACUUCAACAGUCCAUGGGCCUGAAGCAAGGUGGCUGUCUUAUCCAGCUCUAGUACUUCCUCAUCAGAAGAAGAUCGUAAGCGGCUGCCCCGAGGAAGGGCGGUACCGUGUUUGGGACGAGACGGGGAGGGAGUCCCGGGGCUACUGCGGCCAUCCUGACGGCGCUGUCAUCACGGCGUUGGCGGUAGACCAUAAAUAUGAUCUCCUCCUGUCGGCAUCAACAGGUGGCACUAUCACGACCGUAAGUCUUUGUGGGGACAGUCAAGCCAUCCACUACGUCAGUAACGUCGAAGAAUCUGCUAGUUACGUCAGUGCAAUACUAUUCACACGGCAUGAGGACGGGGUAUCAUUCCUGACCGGAGAUACAGAGGGAGCUGUUCGGUUCUGGCAUUGCAACAGAAGUCGCGCUCCUGUCGGGGAAAUGGCUGUUAUUAACAUCGGAAAAACGCCGGGGAGGAUAACAUGUUUUUGUGACGUAGGAGACAGCAGUGUGUUGUCGGGUAGCGCUGGCGGGUUCCUCGCUGUCUGGGAUAUCCGCAAGGCAUCUCGACAAACCGAGUGUUGGGGAGCACACACAGGGGAUGUGACCUCGGUAGUAGCCACCACGCUAGAGCACGAACCUGUCGUUCUCAGCUCAUCCCUGGAUCACACCGUAAAGAUAUGGUCUGUGAAUGCCACUACGCGGUAUGGAAGACCACUGAGAACCAUACUCGUACCAGAUUCCUGUCCAGCUCCCACCCAUUUGUCAGUAACAUCAGGUGGAUCCUACGUCGUCACCGGCUCUGCUGACAACAAGCUUCGUGCGUAUGACGUGAACAAUGGAGCACUACUCAGAGAGUACACGUCCGAAUUUUACGGCGUCAACUGUGUGGGCUUCACGGGUGACGACGGCGAACUCAUGUGCAGCUACAACGGCAGCUACCUCGAAGCCUGGAACUUCAACACUGCGGAAAGCUCGACACUUAAACAGGACUUCUGUUCGCGAGGGUUCGGGACGUGGUGCCACUUCUCGGCCAUCGCUGGGGACAGCGCAACAGUCGUGACUGGAAAUUCUCUCAACAAACUGAUCAUCUGGGACCGCAUGAGCGGCUCUGUACUGAGUGAGCAGGAGCCUCUAGGUCCGUACCAAGCAGAAGUCACCAGGAGCCAACAGGAUGUCACUUGCGUGACAGUGACGUCAGACGGACGCCUGGUGGUUUCCGGAUCGGCAGACAAGUCUGUCAGGGUCUGGUGCGUCAAGCGGGAGAAGUUCUUCCAGCUUUGUCGGUUUACAUUCGAGCAUCAACCUCUCGCGGUGGCCGUGGCGAAAGACGGGAAAAUAUGCGUGGGGUUGAGAAAUGGACAAGUGUGCUUUCUACAACUGAAAAAUCCAUCAAGUCCUUUAAAAUAACGUUUACAGUCUGGUGACUCUCGUUAAGUACGGUGUCAAACGGCCAUGAAUUAUGGCAACGUACCCUCUACCGAUUAUCGUGCACUCCAAUCGAUCAUUCACUUUGGAUCCUUUGGUCCAUGAACUCAUGUCGAGGCGUAUUGUACAUAAGCCGGUUCUCAUGAGCGACAGGAAACAACCCUGCCAAAUGAUGUUAACCUUAACGACUGACGUGUCAAAAAUGUUUCUCUUUGAGUAUGCAAAUAAGGUCCUCAGUUGCAAAAAUUCUAUCAUCAGUUGAUAGUCUUCUCCACCCAAAUGGUACAAGUUGUUCAAAGUAUGGAAAUAUUUAUAUCUCA